AGAUAAAAGAUUUUGAUCUAUGGAUAACACAGAGACUUUUAGUUGGGUAUAUUGAUUACACAUUUGAUUUUCUCUCUCUGUUUUUUGAUUGUAUGUAGCGGCCUCUGUUCCUAACAGGUUGCAGAUCAAUAAUCUUUUGUAAACAGAAUAUAAUUUAUGAAAUUAACUUGAUGGGUCUUACGAAUGAGUACCUGGAAGCUGCAGUUGCCGCAGUUAUCGGCAUAGUCUUAAUUUCUUACUAUGCGUACUUCAUCAAACGGACUAGGGCAGGUUCUUCCCGCAAGCCACCGGCAGCAGGCGGUGGCUGGCCUUUAAUCGGUCAUCUUCACCUUUUGGGUGGCUCCGGUGAGCCUCCAUGCGAAGCCCUAGGAGCGUUGGCAGACAAGUACGGCCCAAUAUUCAGCAUCCGAGUUGGAGUGCACCCAGCGGUGGUGGUGAGCUCUUGGGAGUUAGCCAAAGAGUGUUUCACCACUCACGACGUCGUUAUCUCUUCUCGUCCCAAAUUCACCGCCGCAAAAAUCCUGGGAUACGACUAUGCUAACUUUGGGUUCUCCCCUUACGGAAAAUUCUGGCGUGAGAUGCGCAAGUUAACGGCUUCGGAGUUACUUUCCGCUACCCGGUUUGAGCUUCUUCGAGAUAUCAGAGAAUCCGAGGUAAAGAGCUCCUUGAAAGAAUUGUACAGAGAAUGGGUUGAGAGAAGUGGCGGCUCCGGCGAAUUGUUGGUGGAGAUGAAGGCGUGGUUCGGAGAUGUGAAUCUGAACGUGAUUCUGAGGAUGAUUGCGGGGAAGCGGUACUCCGGCAAAGGCGAGGAUGAGCAACAAGUGAGACGAAUUCAGAGGGUUUUCAGAGAGUUCUUCCGUUUGACAGGGUUGUUUGUUGUUGGUGACGCCAUUCCCUUUCUUGGGUGGCUUGAUUUGGGAGGUGAAGUUAAGGAGAUGAAGAAAACGGCUAUAGAAAUAGACAGCAUCGUUUCUGAAUGGUUAGAAGAACAUCGAAUAAUAAAAGUUUCGGGUGAGACUGCUGAAACAGAACAAGACUUCAUUGAUGUUUUGCUGUCUGUCCUUAACGGCGUCGACCUUGCCGGUUAUGAUUUUGACACCGUCCUAAAAGCCACCUGCAUGAUUUUAAUUGCUGGAGCAACUGAUACUACAACAGUUACCAUGAUAUGGGCAUUGUCGUUAUUGCUUAAUAAUCGUCAUGCUUUAAAGAAAGUUCAAGAUGAAUUAGAUGAGCAUGUGGGUAAGAAAAGACUAGUGAAUGAAUCAGACAUUAACAAAUUAGUUUAUCUUCAAGCCGUGGUUAAAGAGACACUACGAUUGUAUCCAGCUGGGCCAUUAGGAAGUCCUCGUGAAUUCACAGAAAAUUGUACACUAGGUGGUUACAAUAUCCGAGCAGGUACCCGAUUUAUUUUGAACGUUUGGAAAUUGCAUAGGGAUCCACGUAUAUGGUCAAACCCAUUAGAAUUUCAACCAGAAAGGUUUUUGAACAUCCACAAGGAUAUGGAUGUGAAGGGUCAACAUUUUGAGCUCCUUCCUUUUGGCGGUGGAAGAAGGUUGUGUCCUGGCAUAUCAUUUGGCCUUCAAAUGACACACUUGGCAUUAGCUUCUUUAUUGCAAGCUUUUGAAAUCACAACUCCAUCCAAUGUUGAGGUUGAUAUGAGUGCCACAUUUGGACUUUCAAACAUGAAAACUAGUCCUCUUGAAGUUUUAGUUAAACCUGUUUUAUCACAUCAGCUACUCUCUGUAUGAUUCAGCAAAAUCCACAUCAUCAACCAUUGUCAUCCCUACUUGAAUAAAAAGUCAUUUGUACCUUCACCUUUCCUACCAUGAAUGAUUUAGUGUGUUUUGAACUAGUUAUCAACUCGAAGCAAAGAUCAAUAGCUUCUAGGAGUGUUAUAUUUUGCUAAGUUGUGUACUAAGACAUUAUUGGAUAUGUGUAUUUGUAAUUAAUUCGUCGCAAAUAUCAAGUUGUUUUCAAAAGAAUUAUUGAA